CUCUGUAUAUACCGUGAUAGCAGUCAUCAUUCCAGAUUAUAUAUAGUUCAGUGAUCGAAACAGUGAAUAAGCAGCUGAUAGAGCUAAUAAUAGAUGCCAGAUAAUUAAUGUCAAUGCUAGUCAGUCAAAUUAGACAAGCUUAGUUGCUUAUAGUAUGUUCAACAUUCAAAUAAUUGCCGCAACUACUAAGUUGCGAUAAUUAAGUCUCUGUAAUAAGUUGCACGAAAAAUUGUAUUGUUAAAUAUGGAUUUAAGCCAUAAGAAAUUAAUCAAUCAUAUUCGAUUAUUCUUCUUAUAUUCAACUGUGAUUGGUCAGUAAUUUAUGGCUUAAGGCUUAUUAUACCUAUUGUGGAUUCGGGAUAAAGGCUUGUUUAUGAAAAUCAACAGAAACUGGGAUUUGAAUGUUUUCAUUUAUAAUGAAUUUUAAAUUUAUUACACUAAUCACGAGGAAAAGAUAAAAAAUGAGCCGGCCAAAAUGGGAUGUGCUGUGGUGCCCUUUUCACUCCGACAGGUUCAUUACCUGGGACAGUGAUGCAGUUUUAAGUCUCUACGAAAUUGGACCGCGAGAUAAUAGCAUACGAGACAAUGAUCACAUCUAUCUACAAAUCUCAGAACACUCCAUCGCUGAACUUGUCUCAUCCAUUACUAUUAAUAACUAUGCAAAAUGUAUCGAUAUAUAUCCACAACCAGAGCCAGAUAUCGUGGCGAGUGGUCAUGCAAACGGAAAGAUAGUUUUGAGUACACUUAGCCCCCCAGAAUUUGAUUACCAAGGACUUGUCGGGAGAGAGUUUUAUCCAAAAUAUAUGCGAACAUGCAAUGUUGUUGCUUGGAAUCCAGUGGAUAUUCAUUUGAUUAUGUCAGGCUUGGAUAAAAAUAGUAAAGAACACUCUGUAUUACUCUGGGAUGUGCAGCAUUAUCCAAAAGGUUCCGAACGACCGAUAGGAGAAGCUGGUAUAUCAGAAACUAUACAUUCCGCUGCUUGGUUUAAACAUGAUUCGAGAUGUUUGGCUUUUGGUGCUAAUAACAAGCAAUUGAAAGUUGUUGACUUUAGAGAUUCUGCCAAAGUGGUGAAUGUUACUUCCACAAAGGCAGUAUAUAAUCUGUCAGCAAAUCCCCAUAAUAAUUAUCAGCUACUUUCGCAUGUCGAUAAUCUGAUUACAGUGUGGGAUACUAGAUAUUUUGAAAAACCAAUUGUUACUAUAGCACCACAAAGGCAAGUUACAAAAGUGCUAUGGUGUCCAACUAGACGCAAUCUAAUUGGUACAUUGCAUAAAGACUCAGCGGGCUUGCAUUUGUUUGAUAUCCAAUACUGUGGAACAGAAGAUACUGAACCGGGUGUUUUGGAAAGAGUGGUUUUACCACCGUGGCAUAGUCCUAUAAGUUUUUCAUGGCAUCUGACUGAUGAGAAUCGAUUGUUAGCGAUAUCAUUGCAAGGAGUAACCGAUUACACUGUAUGUGAAAGAAUAACACUCAAUUGGUCUGCACGAUCGUGUCUUAUGUGGAAUUAUGCUUUUAAAUCAUUCAAAUAUAUAAACAGUGAGGAUAGCAUUUAUAAGGAAUUGAGUGAUAUUUCAGUUUUAACUAAAAGACGUGCUAUCCUUGAAUAUGGCUUGCUUACAGAUUUAGCGCAAAAUGGUGAUAUAGCCGAAAAUGAAAGUUUGAAGAAUUUAUGGCAAUGGUUAUAUCUGAGUCGCUCUUUAGUAGAAGAUGGCACUAUACAAAGUCCGGACAAUAAGCACCCCGGUGUGAGGACAAUUUUGAAAUUGGAGAGUCAACAAAACUUAAGUAAUGGUUUUUUAAAAUCGGAAGUCAUUCAUCGUUCCUGGGCGGACAUAGGGUCGAAUUAUACAACAAAGAUUUAUAGAUCGCCAGACAGAGAAAAAAGUCUUUUCCUUUGUGGUUUGCGAUUUGACAAAGAAACUAAUACUGCAUACGAUAAUGCAUAUCUCGAAAAAUUAGAGAGGGAAGGUGCAUACGCGAAAGCAGCAGCAUUCGCGGUAUUUAAUCUCUGCCUAAGACAAGCUAUAGACAUCUUGAAUCGAGGUGCCAGUAAAAAACAAGCUACUAUUCUGAAUAUGGUGGCUAUGGCACUAUCGGGUUUUUCUGAAGAACGUACUACGUUGUGGAGGGAAUCUUGUCAGAAAUCUAGAUCUCAAUUAUCAGAUCCAUAUCUGAGAGCGACAUUUGGUUUCUUAACAUCGGAUAACGAUUCUUAUGAAAGUGUACUUAACGAAAACGGUAUGACUGUCGAAGAUCGAAUAGCAUUCGCUCUUAUAUUUUUGUCUGAUAAUAAAUUGCACGAAUAUUUAAAAAGAUUGACUCAGAAAUUAAUCGAAGAGGGAAAUCUAGCAGGCUUCUUGCUUACAGGAGCAAGUAUGGAAAGUAUACAAUUAUUGAAUAAAUAUUUGGAAAUCACAUCAGAUGUUCAGAGUUGUACUUUAAUUGCUGUUAGAGCUUUUACACCCAAAUUACUUCAAGAAAAUCAAGUCCAAGUGUGGAUUACUAAUUAUAGACAUCUUUUGAAUGCAUGGAAAUUAUGGUUUCAAAGAGCUAGAUUUGACAUUGCUAUGAAAUCGACGAUACCACAAGAAAGACCACCACAACAGAUACAUGUUUCUUGUAAUUUCUGUGGUAAAAGUAUAUCUGCUUUCAUGCAAGGACUGAGCAGGACCAGAGUUCCAUUUAGAUUAGGUACUACUCCUAAUAAAUUAAAAAUGACAGCAUGCCCAAAUUGCCGCAAACCUUUGCCUCGUUGCGCAAUAUGUUUGAUGCAUAUGGGAACUGUCAGUGGACUGCAAACUGCUCCUAGUCCUGGUGGCAGCAGAAGUGAAGAAUGUGAUAUCAAGGUUACAGAAUUCAAUAGUUGGUUCACGUGGUGUCUAACAUGUAAACAUGGUGGACAUAGCGAGCACAUUUCACAGUGGUUUCGGCAACAUACAGAAUGUCCAGUCACAUCUUGCAACUGCCGUUGUUCAUCUUUAGAUUAUACACGUAAUGCAACUGUGACAUAAGAAUAUAUAUCCCUUGUAAAUAGGAAUUUUUAUAUAUUCUUGUAUAAUACUAAGGACAUCUUACAUGACAUUUAUAAUUCUAGAGUUUCUUGC